CAAACGUUAUUUAUAUUUUGCUGAUUCGGUUUAUUAUUUAUAUGUAUUUCAAGCAGCCUGCAAUUUAGUAUUUACAGUUGCAAACACUGUGUCCCAACAAAAUUCGCUUUUGGGUUUGGUAGAUCGCUUCACUUGCUAUUUUGGAUGUUACUAUUUUCUGAGUGUUAGCAAGCAGGCUAAAAUUCAUGGGGACUGUUCUGAGCUUGGCUGCACCUAGGAGUUCGAUAAAUGACUGCAACGAGGUCUUACAAAGUGGAACGUGCAAGAAAAAUAAGUCCUCAUGCUUGAAUGAAGAUAACUCAAGAUUGAUUCCUUGUCUUCCUGAUGAGCUGUCAUUGCAGAUCCUUGCUCGACUUCCUAGAAUUCACUACUUCAAUUUAAGGUUGGUGUCACAGAAGUGGAAGGCGACUGUUAUGAGCCCUCAACUGUUUAAUUUGAGAAAAGAACUAGGAAAGACAGAGGAGUGGUUAUAUGUGUUAACUAAACUUGACGAGGAAAAGCCUCUAUGGUAUGGUUUGGACCCUUUGUCAAGGAAAUGGCAGAGGCUGCCAUCAAUUCCGAGUGCCGGUUUUGAAGGAGAAUCCCGGAAGAGUUUAUGGAACAUGGUGGGACCUAGCAUCAAAGUUGCUGAAUUUAUAAAAAACUGGCUUGGGCAGAAAGAUGGGUCGGAUAAUGCACCAUUUGGUGGUUGUGGCAUUGGUACUGUCGAUGGAUGUCUUUAUGUGCUAGGGGGAUUCUCUAGAGUUUCUACCAUGAAUAAUGUCUGGCGGUACAAUCCAAUUCUAAAUGCCUGGAGCGAAAUGACUCCCAUGUCAAUAGAUAGGGCCUACUGUAAGACGAGCAUUUUAAAUGAUAAGUUAUAUGUUGUAGGAGGAGUUAAGUCAAGGCCGAGGUGGAUUGAACCUCUUCAGUCGGCUGAAGUUUUCGAUCCCCACACCAGUACUUGGUCCCAAGUCCCAAGUAUGCCAUGCUCAAGAGCUCAUGAGUUACCUAAUGCCUUUUUGGCUGACGUGUUGAAGCCUAUUGCCACUGGAAUGACUUCAUACAUGGGUAGGUUAUGUGUAGCUCAGAGUUUAUAUUCAUGGCCCUUCAUCGUUGAUGCCGGGGGUGAGAUUUAUGAUCCUGAAACAAAUUCAUGGGGUGAUAUGCCAAGUGGCAUGGGAGAGGGCUGGCCUUCAAAGCAAGCAGGUACAAAGUUGAGUGUUGUGCUUGAUGGUCAAUUAUAUGCUUGUGAAGCUUCUGGCUCAUUGGAUCGGGGUAAAAUAAAGGUGUAUGACCGAACCGAUGAUGCUUGGAAGGUUGUCAUCGGAAAUGUCCCUAUUAAUGAUUUUUCUAAUUCGGAAUCUCCGUUUUUACUUGCUGGAUUUCAUGGAAGGCUUCACGUCAUCACGAAAGAUCCCAAUCGUGACAUUGCUGUUCUCCAGGCUGAGCCACAGCAUAAGUUCAGUCCUUUGCUGUCAAGCUCGACUUAUUUUUCGGAUGGUUCCUUAAACCAAGUUCCUGAUUCACUUACCGAAUCAGAAACAGUUAACUGGAAGGUUAUUGCCGCCAGAGAUUUCGGCUCUGCUGAACUUGUUAGUUGUCUGGUACUUGACAUAUAGGUGAAUCAAGCACCAUGCAGGAUGCAAUUUAUGAUAUUUAUUGCCUGGAAUUUGUAGAAAUGAUGUUAGGGAAUUCUAAAGUAGAUAAUAUACCCUGUCCGGAAGUUCAGAAUUGGGGAUUGUCAUUUGUCUGUGGUUCACCUUCGGCCAUGUUAUCGGAUGUUAGUAUCUAAUGCAAGGAUCCCAGCCGAUUUCAAUGUGUAGUAAAUAGCAUUGUAGUAAAUUAAAGGAAAUUCUAUCGUCUUGAUUAUAAUAUGAGCAUAUAGUGCUUUUAUAAGUAUACAAGUUCAUCAUUAAUUCAUUUUCCACCUUCUUA